AUGAAGCCACUCCUGCUCCUGCUGGCCUUUGUCCUACUCCCUUGGUCCAAGGCAGGAAAGAUCAUUGGAGGACAAGAAGCCAGACCCCACUCUCACCCCUACAUGGCAUUCCUUCAGAUUCAGGCUCCAGAUGGUCUUCAAAGUUGCGGGGGUUUCCUGGUGCGAGAAGACUUUGUAAUGUCAGCAGCUCACUGCUGGGGAAGUGUUAUAAAUGUCACACUGGGGGCCCACAACAUCCAGAGGCGGGAAAGGACCCAGCAGAUUAUCUCUGUGCGCAGAGCCAUCCCCCACCCUGGAUAUGAUCCCCAAACUAUCAUGAAUGACAUCAUGUUACUACAGCUGAAGAGAAGAAUCAGACAGAAUCGAGCUGUGAGACCAGUGGCCCUGCCUAAUUCUGGGAGAAAGCUGCAUCCUGGGGCCUUGUGCACAGUGGCUGGCUGGGGCCGGGUCAGCCUGGACAGGAGGACAGACAGACUGCAGGAAGUACAGCUGAGAGUGCAGAGCGAUCGGAAAUGCAGUCGUCGCUUCAGAACCUACAGAAGCGAGACUGAGAUUUGUGUUGGGGACCCUAGACAAAGAAAGAUCGCCUUCAAGGGAGAUUCUGGUGGCCCCCUGAUAUGUAACAAUAUGGCUCAAGGCAUUGUCUCCUAUGGAGACAGCCAAGGAAUUCCUCCAGAAGUCUUCACUAGGAUCGUAAGCUAUCAGUCAUGGAUACAAAGAACAAUGAGACGCUUCAAACAAGUAGAUGAGAUUGAAGAUUCCCCAACCCCGUGA